UUUCUUCCACUGCAGAAAGGAGGCAUUCAUUUCUCUUUUUGGGGAUUCCUGGGGGUUUGUUGAUUUCAGCAGAAGAAGAUGUUUUCUGGUCUGAUUCAUUGCAAUGAAGGUGUAAUUCAACCCAAGGAAGAAGGACAUACACCCAGUCUCCGUGUAGAUCCUUGCCUUGUUCUCACUGCCGAUCCAAAACCUCGUCUUCGAUGGACUUCUGAUCUUCACGACCGAUUCGUCGACGCCGUGACUCAGCUUGGCGGUCCGGGCAAAGCGACGCCAAAGACCAUAUUGCGAGCAAUGGGCGUGAAGGGACUUACUCUUUUUCACUUGAAGAGUCAUCUUCAGAAGUACCGGCUAGGUAAGCAAUCAGGCAAAGAAUCAACAGAGCAAUCCAAAGAUGCUUCCUACCUUUCAGAAAGCCAGGGCGCAAGAGCUUCACCUCCGGGACAGCUGACUUCUGAUAUGAACGAGGGCUUUGAGGUGAAAGAGGCGUUAAGAGCUCAAAUGGAAAUGCAGAGGAAACUGCAUGAACAGCUUGAGGUUAAGAAGCAUGUGGAGAUCUGCAUCGAAGCUGAAAUGAGGUACCUUGGGUCAUUGUUAGAGCGGGCAUGCAAAUUGGUCACUGAACAAUCCAUGGAAUCUACCACCACAGUCAUGUCAAGAUUGCGUGGUCCAAUAAGCUUAUCAGAUUUCCAUCGGUUGCCAGUCAAUGGAGUUGAUGUCCAUGGUGCAGAUGAGGAGCUUCUUAAUGGGCCACCCCAUCGAGGCGAUUGUUCUACUGAGAGCUGUCUGACUUCAAAUGAAAGCCAGACUGGAUUGCCUUCAGAGAUAUUUCCAAGGAAGAAGCGAACGGCGAAUUUGGAGUACUGUGCUGAUUCUCUACUAUGGAGGGGGACCCAAAUUGGACGCAUGGGCGAAGAGACGGUGCAGCAUCUUCCUCAGAAUCUACGGCUGGAUGUGACGACACGUACUGUUUUUGCAGAUUCGAUCUCCCCUCACCAAAGAUUCAAUGUAAGAUGAGGAAAGAAGAACAGGAUGGCCACUCUCCUCACACAUGCCAGCGUGAGAUGUGUACAAGCACCGGGCAUUCAUUAGGUGGGCCCCACCUGUACGAACUGUGGUCCAGCAAUUAGGCCUCCUGUAAUCAGGUUGGCCACAAUUGCAUAGAAAAUGGUGAGUUGUUAAAAAGAGUUGGCUGAUGGUUUACUUGCAUUGGACAAGUCUGGCCCACCUGAUCAGUAGACAUGUCUAAAUUUCUGGCCACUGUACAUGUAUUGAGGUCCAGCUGAUGAACGUCCUGGAUGGCAUGUGCAUGCCACAUCAGCACGUAUGCAAGAGUAGGAUUAGAGGUCCUGGGAGUCUGGUGAUAUGGAGCUGGGCAGAAGCAAAAUGCCGGCAUUUUGUAAUGGGGGUACAGGAUCUGCUCACCCAACGCUCAUUGUCAAUUGUGUAUCUUGAUGGC